AUGGUGGGUCAAUCUGUUUGUAGCAUGGUGAAAAAAGUUUUUGCAGGAGGUGACAUUGAAGUUGAUCUAAACAAAACUGUGAUUGUCUUAAUCCCAAAAAAAGAAGGACCCGAAACUUUUGCAGACUUCCGUCUCAUAAGCUUGUGCACAGUUAUGUACAAACUCAUCACCAAGAUAAUUGUUCGUCGCAUAAAGCAAGUGAUGCCUAUUCUGAUCAUGUCGAAUCAAACAAUUUUCAUCGCCGGUCGUUCUAUUACUGAAAGCAUUACUAUAAAUCAGGAGGUAAUCCAUUCCAUGCACCAGCUCAAGACAAAGCAAGGUUGGAUGGCAAUUAAGGUGGAUCUUGAAAAUGCUUUCGAUCGCCUCCGAUGGGAGUUUAUUCACGAUUCGCUCACUGAAGCUGGCUUCCCACCAAGCACUAUCCGACUCAUAAUGCACUGUAUCACUUCGACCUCCAUGCAAAUCUAA